AUGAUAUCGUCCUGCCAUGCAUCCCGUCUCAUCGCACUGCAUCGCAUCGCAUUGCAUCACACCGCAUCGCCAUACCACGCUAUGGCGGUUGGCAUGAUUGGAUUGACCAAGAACAAAGAAGAGGAAAAACGGAGUUUUAUCGCAUAAAAAGCUGUCUUCUGAGGGAUACCGGGAGGCGGCGUUUGGCCUGUACAAGGUUUGGUCCUUGACCUUUUAUUUGUUAUGGGGUUGGUUGGUAGGAAUUAUCUCAACAUCGAGACGCGGCAUAAAGGGACAUUUGGGAGUCUUUUCCUUGGACAUAUUGUUCCAUUCACCUUCUUCUUGAAUGUUUUCAUUGGCAGUGCGGUUCGGCCUUGGCCUUGUCUUUUCGUUCAUUGUUUUAUUGUACAUUUCGACGUCCGUCCGUCUUUGGAGGCUUGGUUCUCCCCACCCUCCUCUCCUCAUUUUCCUUUUCUUUCCGUCUUUUUUUCUUUUUUUCUUUUCUGGACGACUUCAGUGUCGGUUCUCCCCCCCCCCCCCCCCUAAGAAUGCAGACAUGAUUGGGACCUCCACCCCUGCCUUCUUCGUUGACACUGAAAACCAAAAGUCCCUCGGCUUUCUGGUGCCCGGGUCGUCCGGUCUUCUUGGCAGCCCGUAUCCGACUCCCCCGAGCUUACUCUUCGGGCAGAUGGCCCGUUAUGUAGCCAUCGUUUCUCUUGGUACUCUCGCACACCAUUGCGCCCAAAAGACGGAUAUCCCUCCCAUUCAUUGUUUUGGCAAAUCAAUAUCAGUUUUGUCAUUAUUUUUUUCCUUCUUUCAUUUUUACCGAAUCAAUACCCGCCUGAUACUCGAGUCCUCAGGCCCGCGAGGUUUGCCCCCAAGAAUAUGCACCCAGAGACUUUCACACCCAACUAGCGCCAAUAUUCCGUCAGCAGGCUCUAAAAUACUAUUUAGAAUACCCGCAGCGCGCAUCCCAUACCCCAGUCUACCAUGCGCAGAAGAUACCACAAACCAGUAGGGGUGGUCUGAUUCACACCAACUACAGGCGCUGGCUCCCCCCUGGGCAAAGGUAGUGGUGCUCAGCUCAGCCUCCAAUCUGGGA